AUUCCAGUUUCAUGACGAGCUACUAGGAGGAGAAGCAUCUAUCAACACAAAUAAUUCUCAUUACAACAACAACCCCACCAGGAUCCCAAAAGAAGUAGGGUUUUGGGGGAGGUAAGUGUACGCAGACGUUACCCCAAGUUGGGAGUAGAGAGACUGUUUCAGGAGACCUACAGCUUAAAAGACAAGCAUUGAGGAGGAUUUAUCAAAGAGGGAAGAUAUGGCUCACGACAUACUUUUCAACAUUGUGACGGGGAUCAUCAAACAACUUAAUUCCAUGGCACUUGCAGAGAUGGCAGACGCCUGGAAUUUCAAGGAUCAACUCAACAUGCUCACCGAGAAUGUCACAACAGUGAAAAGUGUCCUCUUGGAUGCUCAAGAGAGGCAGGAAGAGAGCCAAACUAUUCGGGAUUGGCUUCGAAGGCUCCAAUCUGUUAUCUACAACGCUGAUGACUUGUUUGAAAAGAUUGCCGCUUCGAUCUCCAAGAAAGAGGAGAGCAACAAGGUGCAAGUAUUUUUUUCCAGUUCGAAUCAGAUAGUAUGUGCCUUCUCCAUUUCUCACAAGAUAAAAAGAAUCGGGUCUGAGCUAGAUGGCAUCGUCAGGGAUGGUAAUAUGUUCUCCUUUGUGCUAAGAGGCUGUGAAGAAAGAGGAGUACACUAUAGGAAGAGAGAUAGAGGUCAAUCUCAUUCUUUCGUUGAUGCAAAAGAUGUUAUUGGUAGAGACACUGAUAAAAAUGCAAUACUAGAGAGACUUCUGCUUGAAGAUGAUCAAGCGACUGUUGUGGCCAUUGUUGGAAUGGGUGGCUUGGGCAAAACUACUCUGGCUCAAGUCCUAUUCAAUGAUGAUGCAGUGGAGAAGAACUUUGAUUUACGGUUAUGGGUCUGCGUGUCGGAGGAUUUCGAUGUCCAUAUGAUUUGUAGAUUGAUCCUCAUGUCCGCAACCAAAAGGGAAUCUCCAAACUUAGAUAUGGAUCAGGUUNGCGACUGUUGUGGCCAUUGUUGGAAUGGGUGGCUUGGGCAAAACUACUCUGGCUCAAGUCCUAUUCAAUGAUGAUGCAGUGGAGAAGAACUUUGAUUUACGGUUAUGGGUCUGCGUGUCGGAGGAUUUCGAUGUCCAUAUGAUUUGUAGAUUGAUCCUCAUGUCCGCAACCAAAAGGGAAUCUCCAAACUUAGAUAUGGAUCAGGUU